AUGAUACCCAGUUCACACUUUGGCAUGAUACGUUUGAAGAGCGUUCUGAUUCAUACUUUUGCUGCACUUAGGUUUUGGGCAUGUGUUAACCAGAGGACACACGCGGGUCAAAGGACGAUUUUAAUCUCAUGUGCAUGUGGUAACUGGAGUCACACACGCGAGUCGGUAGCCUACACUCCUACCUGUACCAGCCCAAGCUCGCCAGCUUGAGAAACCUGCGCGCAUGCGUGUUGGGGCGCAACCAUUCAGACAGUGGUGUCACAGACUCUUCAAAGUCUGCAGUACUUCCGCCGUGGGGAGCACGGGACGCGCGCUGUUUGCAUUUUCCGUUUGCGCCGCUCGGUCACAGGCCAACACUGAGGAGAACGACACCACUAACGGGAGACCGGCGAGGUAGCCUACACUGAAGAGCGCGGAUAUGGUGAGAUGCAGACCGGUCGGCUAGCUGCGCUCGCGGCUGUCUUCUCUCUCUCCGCGUGUGUGUGGCUUCAGCCCCCCUCUGAGGUGCGUAUGGAGGCCAUAAACACGCGAUACACACUCCACUGGCACUGGACCCCCCAAGGACACACACACACCACCUGCUUCACCGUGCAGUACAAGUAUUCUCACCAGCGCGUGUGGAACAGGAGUGUGUGUGAGGGAGUGUGUGUGCAGAGCUGUGACCUCAGCACCCGUCUCCAUUUCUCUGGAUCCUAUUGGCUGAGGGUCAGGGCGGAGUAUGGAGGUCAAAGGUCAAACUGGAGCCACCACCUCAAGUUCACCCCCGAAGAGGACACCCUGUUGGGACAGCCAUCCAUCCUGGAGGUGCAGGGAGGCGUUUCCACGGUGACAGUGCGGAUGGGGGAACUCCUCACACACGAAGCCAUGAGCCACCUGAUGGCAGAUCUCACCUACAGAGUACAGUACUGGGAGAAGUACACACCUGAACAGUGGAGUGAGGAGGACUCUGACAUCCCUCUGCUCACACUGCAAGAUCUGAAGCCUCACACAGAGUACUGCCUACGAGUGUGUGUGUUCAGCAGCAACUAUGACAAAACCAGCAACUACACACACGCACAGUGCACUCAGACACACAGCCGCCGUCCAGUGUGGCAGGUGACUGUAGGUGUGUGUUUGGUUGUGUGUGUGUUGGUGCUGCUCACUCUCACACACUUACUGAGAAAAAAGCCAAAGAAGUCUCCAAAAUACACACCCUCCAGCUUACAGGGUCCUCCACUAUCCCAUCUCUCCCUGCUGCACGUGGGACUGGAGCCUUGCUCCCAGGUUGCCGUGGAGACACUGGUGACCGUGGCGACGGUGGAGGUGCUGAGGGAGAGGGGAGGAGAGGAGGCGGGGCCAGGAGAGGAGGCGGGGCGAGGAGAGGAGAGGAGGAGGUGUGUGUGUGAGGACUCCGGCGUGUAUUCUGGAGAGGACAGUUCAGACUCCAGCAUCAGCACCUCCUCACAGCAUCACACACACACACACACACACACACUCAGACCGGAGGAGAGGAGAGCUGGCAGGAAGACUUUGGAAUUAACUGACAUGGACUAAGUUUAGAAAACAAUGAUACACACACACACACACACACACACACACACACACACACACACAGGAAAUGGAUCUCUUCUCUCCUCUACCUCUGAUCCCUGAGACCAGCAGACUGCUGUCUUGUGUAGGAACGCUGGUGGAGUGGGAUGAAGAAAUGCCCAUUUAACUAAAGAGUUUUAUAGUUUCUUUUUACAUUAAAAUGAUAAAGAAGAAAUGCCCAUUUAACUAAAGAGUUUUAUAGUCUCUUUGUACAUUAAAAUUAUAAAGAAAAAAUCUCCAUUUAACUAAAGAGUUUUAUAGUUUAUUUUUACAUUAAAAUGAUAAAGAAGAAAAGUCCAUUUAACU